AUGAGUUCACAAAAUUCUGAUGAUUACAGUGAUCGUAAUUUAAGAAUAGAAAAUAAAGAGAUUAAGACUAACGCAAUUCAUUCAAAUUAUAUACCACCUACUGAAGGACAGCAAAAUCAAGCGAAAGAGAAAACUUUACUUGAAAUUGGUUUUAAAACAAAUGAUAUAUCGGGAUGGGAGGAAAUUAAGCAACCCCCAAAAGAAGACUUGUUAGAAUUGUUAAAUGAUAUGAUAAAAAAUUUUAAAAAAACUGACGUUACAAUUGAAGCAUUUACUAUGAUUUACUGUUGGAUGUUAACUAAAAAGCCAACAGUUAAACGUGAAUUGAUUUUAGAAUUAUUUAAUGCAGCAACUUUUUUGUCAAUAAAAGGAAUUUUAGAUCAAUGUUGGGCAUGUUUAGAUGAUGCUGUUAGAUUUCGUGAAGAUACAGCUUUUAUGCUUUAUUUAGAAGCAGGAAAAUAUAAAAAUGAUUUAAAAGAUCAAAUACAACAAUUAAUGUUAACAAGAAUUUUAUGUUCAUUACUUGAAUCAAAUACUAUUGGAGUGUAUUCUGAAACAGAGGUUUUAAUGGCUGGUGUUCGUUGGUUACAUUAUGAUUUUUCAAAUCGACGGAAAUAUAUUUCUGAUGUAAUAAAAUGUGUUAGAUUUGGUUUAAUAGCACCAUGGCAAUUAGUUGAAUUGAAAAGAAGUACAACAUGCCACGAAAUCCAACAAAUUGUAGAAAAUGUUGACGUACAAAACAUGAUUGAUGAUGGACUAUCAUACGUUACAACAAAAUACUAUUAUGGUAAUCGUGAAGAUGAAUUUCUUGAAUGUCUUAAACGAUUAAAUUUAUAUGAACCAGUUGGAAGACAAUGGAUAUGUGAUAAAAGUUGGGCUGGUCAUGAACAUUGUUUGAAUAAACAAAUAAUAACAUAUGAAAAAUUUUUACAAUAUUUGGAAUAUAUACGAAGUAAGGGUAAAGAUUACUGGAAAGAAUUGGAAUUUAAUAAACAUGGACCAUAUGCUGAUUAUCAUUUACAAGUACGUGCAAAUGAUACAAAAUAUUUUGAUGAUUAUUGUAAAUUCGAGAAAAUUAUGAAAAGUUAA